AUGAUGGUUGUGAGGCUGCGAUGUAAACAAGAAAAUGAAGAUGGAGAUGGCGGCUGCGGCAAAGUAAUGAACAAUGUAGAGAUAGCUGCUAGAAUGAAUAAUUGUAGCAUGCAACAUCUUGAAGAAUUACUAGUCAAACAACUACAAAUAGAUUUAGAAGACACAAAUAUGCAAAUCAAAUAUCAGGUUAAAGAAGACUAUCCACCAAUAAUAAUACAAGAUGAUGAUGCUUUAAAUUUCUACUUUAAGAUGAAAGGAAAAUCAUCAGACCCAACACACUUCCCAAUCUGCAUUGAAAUUGAACAAAAAAUAAAAGAUCUAUCAUUGUAUGUAUCAUCAUCGAGAUCAACACACCAGAAUGUCAACAGAAAUUCAACAGUCUGUGAACUCCAAGAGAAUUCAACAAAUGUUGAUAAUUCCAAUUCAGUUUCAAAUAUGUUUCAGUAUGCAAUGGACAUGGGAAAUCUGUUAGAUGAGGAUCAAGAAGUGCAGAGUCCUUACGUAGAAAGUACGAUCAUUAAUGAAAUAAAGGCGACAGAAAUUGAAGAAGGUCAAAAAUACAAAGACAAGAGCACACUAAAGACUAUAUUAAGCAUUUACGCGAGCAAUAAUCAUUUUCAGUUCAGAUCUUACAAGUCGUGCAAAAUUGAGUACAUAGCAAUAUGCAAUGAGCCUGACUGUGAAUGGAAAUUGAGAGCGUCGAGAAAUAAAAAAUCAAUUGUAUUCAUUGUGCGAAAAUUUAACAAUGUACACACUUGCAAAGUUGGGGAAAGGAUGGCCGAUAAAAGGCAGGCAACAUAUAAUUUGGUUGGAAACUUCAUAAAGGAUAAGUACUCAAACUUCAAGACUGUUUACACGCCUGCCGAUAUUAUUAGAGAUAUGAAGAAAGAAUAUGGAGUCGAACUAAGCUACCAAACAGCAUGGAGAUCAAAAGAGAGGGGAUUAGAUCUCACGAGAGGACAUCCGGCUGAUUCAUACAAAUUACUGCUUUCUUAUCUACACGCGCUGAAAACAACAAAUCCCGGGUCUGUUGCUGAAUUGGAAACAAGAGAAGACAUAUUUCUUUAUCCGAUAAUUGUAGUCGAUGGUACGUUCCUCAAAGCAGCUUAUGGAGGAACUCUUCUAACGGCAGCGACUCAAGAUGCAGCAGAUAAAAUUUUUCCUCUUGCAUUUUGUGUGGUAGAUUCUGAAAAUGAUGUUUCGUGGGAGUGGUUCUUUAACAAACUUAGAGAAACAUUCGGCGUGAGGGAAGGAAUGCAAGAUAUAGAAGAGCGAAAGGUGAAAUCAGAGAACAAUAUUUUGGGGCAGCCAAAGCUUACACGCUUGAGCAGUUUGAAAAAUACAUGGCGGAACUUGAGAAAUUUGACCCCAAAAUAA